AUGACCACACGCAGGGAGUACGUGUUUAAAGUGGCCAACGGGGUCCCGAUAGCCGCAGACGUUUAUUUCAAAAAGGCUGUGACAGCUUCCAAGCUUCCAAUCGCUUUGCACUUCCACGGCGGAAACUUCACCGUCGGCUCAAAAGAGUUGCUUGUCCGCCACCAAGCAGAGAAACUCGUCGAUCUGGGCUUUGUGGUCGUGUCCGCCAACUAUAGACUGUCUCCCACUGUUACAGUGUUUGAGGGGCCCGUGAAGGACGCGUUGGACGCAUACAAAUGGUCGCAGACCAAAUUGCCUGAGCUGCUUUCGGGCGAUGCUGGCGUCAACGUGGACGGCUCGCGAGUUGUAACCUUGGGGCACUCCUGCGGCGCCACCCUGGCGCUUCUGAUGGCCGGCCUACCUCGUCCACCUCUUGCGAUUCUCGACAUGUACGGUAUCAAAUACCUCUCAGAUCAGGCAUAUCAUACUCCCUUGCCUGCACCCCCAGGUAGCCCCAAACUUGACCAAGAUUUCGUGGGUCUGAUCUGGAAAGAUGUCCCUCCCCCAACCUAUGCUCCCCCUCCGGUGGGACCAUCUGGGCCUGAUUUCUCGAGCUAUCGUGUGGCAUGGAUGUUUGAUGCGAUGGGAAAAGGAACGCUGUUCAAGACAGCUGUGGGAGACGACAACUAUGACCGCGUGGACCCGGUUUCGUUAUUCAUCAAGGCUCAUUUCCCUCCCACCUAUUUCAUCCACGGUACCCAAGACAGGCUGGUGCCGGCAAGGCUUUCGCAGCGCGCGCACGAUGAGCUCAAGAGCCGCGGGGUCGAGACUGAAUUGGCCCUUGUUGAUGGAGGACAACACGGCUUCGAUGAGAGUGCGCAGCCUGGAGACGGCGUGUUUGGUCUUUUGACAAAAGGCUUCGAGUUCCUCAAGGCUCAUGUCUGA